AUGUCUGGAAUGUUUUCUGCACCAAAAGCACCUCAACCUCCAAAAUCUGCUUUCCAAAAAUUCAAGGAAUCCCCACUGUACACUAUUGUGUUGAACGGUGGUUUUUUCGUUGCAGGUGUUGCUUUCAUCCAAUCACCAUUGAUGGACAUGAUGGCACCACAGCUAUAA